GCUGAGUGAUAUGAUGUUACACACUCCAGUACAGUAGGUGGCGGUAUGCACUUAAAAGUUGUUUGCAAUCCGCUAUUAACUAAGAAGAAGAAGAAGAAGUAGAAGACGAAAAUGCCGUACCCGGAAGUCCCAGCUACGGAAGUGUGUGCAACCGAACAGGCGCGUCGUUCAGAAACAGUUGUGUUUGUUUGGGCGAGUUACUCAGGAACAAGUCGGGGCAAGUACCCUCACCAAAAUGAAGGCAGAAAUCUUAAAUGUAAUGUAAAAGCAUUGAAGCCACUGUACGCAGGCCUAUGUUGUUAGAUAGCCAAUAGGCCUAAAUUUUAGUAUUUCAAGCUUGUAAUUAGUGUAAAAGUCGCCAGAAUGUUCAUUCUUAAGCGCGCGGUGUCCGUGGGAGGCAUUAUUGUUCUUCAAUGCACCUCCCUCUCUGUGGGCAAUUUCUCUACUAGCCAUUGCCUAACAUCCUCAAAGCGAAACAGCCCGUACAGCUCAGUGGACAGUGAGCGCUACUCUUCCCUUGUGAAGUCUGUCAUGUCAUCCAGGGUCAGUUCCCAAACCCCCGAGAGUCUCCAAGCGGAGGACGAGCAUAUGUAUGGACCUGUUGUCAAAUCUCAGGCGCCCUCCUCAAAACCAGAGAGGGUCCCUAAAACCCUUCAUCCCUUCUUACACUGUGAAGAGACUGCAGGAUCUGAGGAGCCAGAGUCAGGACCUCUUGCCCGGAUUGUGUUAAACCGAAACCAAGGCAGGUCUUUCAUACCGAGUGUGACUCGCAUUCUUCAGCAGACGCUUUCCCCAGAGCAGAUCUUCUACCUGGAGAGAUGGAAGAGGAAGAUGAUCGCAGAGCUUGGAGAGGAAGGCUUCAAAGAAUACACCCAGAAUUUAUUCAGGCAAGGGAAGCUUUUCCAUUCAGCUUUGGAGGACAUUCUUACAUCAGGGGCAACAUGGAAAAACAAAAAUCAUUCAGAGAGACCAGAGUGUCCACCUGAGGUAGGGGGAUACAUGGAGAGCAUCUCUCACAUACUGGAGGACGUCAAAGCAGUGAGAGCUAUCGAAAGCACUGUGCAACAUGACACGCUCAACUAUCUGGGAAUUGUGGACUGUGUUGCUCGCUACAGGGGUGUACUUUGUGUUAUUGACUGGAAGACUUCAGAGAAGCCCAAACCAUUCCUGAGCAAUACAUACGACAACCCUGUUCAGGUGGCAGCCUAUGCCGGGGCUCUGAACAACGAUGGCAACUACAAAUACCAGGUGGAAAAUGGACUCAUUGUAGUAGCCUACAAGGAUGGCUCACCUGCCCACGCUCAUCAGUUGAGCUCAGAGCUGAUGUUGGAUUACUGGAAAACUUGGUUGAUUCGUCUCGAAGAGUUCACAGAACAGAGAUCCAGUCAUGCAUCAAGUGCUUUUUCUGAAAAGAGAUGAGAUGUGUAAAGAGAAAUCUGCAAGCGCAUGUCCACUGUUACAGUUUAAGAGUGUACAGAAUCCUCAUGGCACACGACGCAUAAGUCAGGAUCCAGGACACGGGCUUUCCUUCUGCAUCCAGCACGCAGCAGGAGGGGAAGUUUGCGAGCAUGUUCCGGAUCAUCCUGGCAGCCUCCCCGCUCUUUCCAAACUUCCACGUCUGAUUCACCAAGCCAACGUGAGAUUCAUCCAGAGAGCUCACUGAGAUCCCUGAGCUGAUGCAGAACAGAGCAGAAUCCUGUUUCAUUAAUGAACUAUUAAACCUAAGAGAAUGACUCUGUGGCACACUAGACACUAAAGAUAUCAUUGCAUGGAUAGGCUUUACCUGUCUAUAGAGGGAAGGUGUCCUCCCGUAUCAUCAUGUGACACACUGCCAGUUUGCUGCUGGCUAUAUCUUUUUCUGCCGCCACUGCUUUGAAUUUAUUCACAUGACGAAGAUUAAUUCCUUGAAAAGAAAUAAUAAAGUUAUAUUUUUAGUAAAGUUAUUUACAAACAGGUGAAA